AUUUCAAUUCCAGUGUCACAAUUCAUCUGAUAUCUAGAUUCAAAAAUGAAGGUCGAACCAAAUGAGAAGAAAGUAAAGGACAAAACCAAAAAGGAUCCAAAGAAAUCAAAAGAUAAGGUUAAAAAAAAUUCCAAAAAGGACAAAAAUUUACAACAAAAUGGAGAAAUCUCUUCACCAGAGAUCGAGGUUGAAGCUGAAAGAGAUCUAAAAGAAACUACAGCAAAUGGGGAAGUCACAAAUGGGCUGAAUGACCAUCAAAAUGGAAAGGAAGAAAGCGAACCAGAACUAACCCCACAACAGAAAGAGGGAGCAUUCUCUAACUUUAGGAUUUCAGCUGAGACUGUGAAAAAAUUGAAAGCAAAAGGAAUUUCACAUCUCUUUCCUAUCCAGGCUCAAACAUUUAAUUAUGUGUAUGAUGGAGAAGAUGUCAUCGCACAAGCAAGAACGGGAACAGGAAAGACGCUGUCCUUUGCACUUCCAUUGGUGGAACGCCUACAUCAGGAUCUUUCAAAUAAAAGAGGCAGACCACCUAAGGUUUUGGUGAUGGCACCAACCAGGGAGUUGGCUAAGCAGGUGUGUAAUGACUUUGAAUCCAUCAGUGACCGAAUCUCUACUUUCUGCAUCUAUGGUGGUACUCCUUACUACCCACAAGAAAAUGCUAUCAGGUCGGGUCUUGAUGUUUUGGUGGGCACACCUGGUCGUAUUCUCGAUCAUGUAGAGAAAGGCAAUUUAGAUUUCUCAACACUGAAGUAUGUUGUCCUGGAUGAAGUGGACAUGAUGCUGGAUAUGGGCUUUGCAGAUAGUGUUGACCAGAUCAUCAAGACAGCCUACACUAACAAAGAUGAAGGUUCAAAGCCUCAGACUCUACUAUUCACAGCAACACUGCCCCCCUGGGUAUAUCAAACUGCAAAGAAGUACAUGGACGAGAAGAAUAUUAAGAAAGUGAACCUGGUAGGGACACAGGAGAACCGUACCUCUACUACAGUCCAGCACUUGGCCAUCAAGUGUAGCUAUCAUGAUCGUGCAGCCACCAUUGGGAAUGUUGUGUCUGUGUACAGUGGUGAGCAUGGGCGAGGUAUGAUCUUCUGUGAGACAAAAAGGGAUGCAGAUGAACUAGCUCUAAGCCCUCUCAUUAAACAAGAUGGACAUGUCCUUCAUGGAGAUAUUCCCCAGGCAAAACGAGAGUCUGUGCUUAAGAUGUUCAAAGAAGGCAAAUACAAAGUUCUCAUCACGACGGAUGUAGCAGCAAGGGGCCUUGAUGUGCCAUUGGUGGACCUUGUGAUUCAGUGUAAUCCCCCUAAAGAUGUGGACUCGUACAUUCAUCGAUCUGGAAGGACUGGGCGUGCUGGCCGCUCUGGCGUAUGUGUAUGCUUCUAUAAACCCCAGGAGGAACAUGAUUUAGCCUGGGUGGAGACAAAAGCGAGAAUCAAGUUUAAAAAGAUUGGAGGUCCUUCUACUACUGACAUCAUCAAGGCCUCUGCUGAUGAUGCUGCUAGGUCCCUAGCUAUGGUGACAGAUGAAACAUUAGAAUAUUUUCGGGAGUCAGCUGAAAAUCUGAUUGCAGAACGUGGUGCAGUGAAGGCAUUGUCCGCUGCCUUAGCAGUGAUGUCGGGAAGUAAAAACAUUGUACCUCGGUCUCUACUUUUGAACAAAGAGGGUUACACAACUUACAUAUACAAGACCAACAUAGAAAUGCGUGGCAUGACUUAUGCAUGGAGAGCACUGGAACGUCAACUGGAGGAGGAAACAAAAGAAAAAAUCAAGGGCAUGAGGUUCUGCAAAGAUCAUAUGGCUGUUGCAUUUGACAUCCCCACAGAAUGUGACGAGUACAUUGCUAAAACAUGGGUAGAUACUGAUCGCGACUCUCUCACUAAAGCCACAGAACUUCCAGAGAUGGAUGAACCAACAUACAGUAGCUUUGGACGAGGAGGGGGAAGAGGAGGCGGUAGAGGAGGUGGAAGAGGUUUUGGGGGUCGAGGAUUUGGGGGCAGAGGACACGAUCAAGGUCGAGGAAGCCCAAGAGGGAGGGGAAGCAGUAGAGGCUUUCGGGGGGGAUUCAACAAGAGGAGAGUAGAUUUUGAUGGUGCACCACAAAACAAGAAAAUGAAAUUUGAUUAAUGAUAAUAAUAAAUUUAGGUGAAAUUUCACCUAUGUUAAAUGGUCUUGGAACAAUAUAAUUAUACAUUGUUGUAUUUAUCUGUACUUAAAUAGAUAAAUUUGUU